CCGGCUCCGGCGAUGCAAAGGCAAACCAUGGGGCGCUCAAAAUAAAGAGGUCCGGGCUCAGCCCGUCGCUCCUUGCUCAUCGCACCCUUCGCCGGCUGUCUGGCCUUACCAUGUCGGCGACGUUGGCGCUCGUCGUCCUUCUGCUCGCCUGCGCUGGUGCAGCCGAGGAAGCCCUCCCGGGCAGUGCGGUGGCGGGGGAGCCGGAGCUGGAGGAGCCCGGCAGGGUGGCCUUGGAGGAGCUGGAGAAGAGCGGGCUGCAGCUGGAGGAGUCCGGCGCCGCCGACAAGCACCAGGAAUCCUACAGCACGUUCGCAGCGGAACUGUUGGAGCCUCGCUAUUGGGGGGAUGAAGGUUAUGCUUUCCCAUCCCCUCCUCCAGUGGAUCCAUUUGCAAAAAUACGGGUAGAUGAUUGUGGAAAAACUAAAGGCUGCUUCAGGUACGGGAAACCUGGCUGUGAUGCAGACACAUGUGAUUACUUCCUCAGUUAUCGCAGAAUAGGUGCUGAUGUUGAAUUUGAGCUAAGUGCUGACACUGAUGGUUGGGUUGCAGUUGGAUUCUCAUCGGACAAACUAAUGGGAGGUGAUGAUGUAAUGGCUUGUGUGCAUGAUGACAAUGGCAGAGUUCGAAUCCAGCACUUUUACAAUGUUGGUCAAUGGGCAAAAGAAAUAAAAAGAAAUCCAGCCAGGGAUGAAGAAGGUAUUUUUGAGGACAACCGAGUGACUUGUCGCUUUAAACGACCUGUGUAUGUUCCCAGAGAUGAAACUAUUAUCGACCUUCACUUGAGCUGGUAUUACUUAUUUGCAUGGGGUCCUGCUAUACAAGGCUCAAUUACUAGGCAUGACAUUGACUCUCCACCAGUAUCUGAAGAUGUUGUCAGCAUCUACAAGUAUGAAGAUGUGUUCAUGCCUUCUGCAGCUUUUCAAACCUUUUCUUCACCUUUCUGCCUGCUAUUAAUUGUUGCUCUGACUUUCUACAUAUUAAUGGGGACUCCAUAACUAAGCUGUUGCAGAAAAAUAUUGACAUAGAAAUAUAUUUGAUCAUAAAAUGAAUGCAAAUGUUCUUUUCAGAAUAGAUUUUUCACUGGAGCCUCAAAUGAAUGUAAGACUAAUUAUUGAAAUAAUAAUCAAGAUUUGGUCAAAUGAAAACUUUGUGAAAAAUAAUAAUUUAGAGUUGCAAGUCUCAGUUAUGUUUGUGGGACUCUGGCUGAUUAGUUGGACUAUACUGUGUGCCUAUUUGGACAGAAUAAGAGGGCAACUCCACCCUCACCCUUACUUAUCACCAAGUUAUCAUGUUCUGCAUGUGCCAAGGAGUCUGUAACUAAAAGACUACUAAUGUUACUGUGAAAGUGAUUUCCUAGCUAACAUGCUACUUAAUUGCUAAUUUGAUUGUUGCACUUGUACUUUGUAGGAUAUUUUUAUUUUACAGGAUUUGUUGAAAGUUUAUUGUACCAGACGUUGUCAUUUUAAACACUGAGUUUUGCUCGAAAUGUAAGACUGAUUGUACAAAAUAAGUUAUUAAUUUUGUGUAAAUAACUAAUCUUGAAAUAUUUUAUCACUAUUUCUUUGUAGAGGAUUCAAAUUGUAGUGGCGUACAGUCCAAGCGUUUACCCUGUAUAAAGAAUAAACUAGCUAACAGAAUAAUUAUUACAAAAAAUCCAGAACCAACUUAAUAUUUCUAUCAUGAGAAUAUUUAUGGUAAGCUAAUCAUCUAUAGAAAUACAGUCAUCAUCUUAUGUUUCUUGAGGGACUUUCUCCAAAGGUUUUAAGGAAAAGAUUAUGAAAUCAUACCUCCAUUAGAACCAUUCAAAUGAUGUAAUUGUAAAAGCUAAGAAAACUAUACUUUAGGAGUGAGACAAAAAUCAGUAGCAGUGUUACUGAAAUGUAAUAAUUCUUGCUGUGGAAUGUACACCGCUGUAACCUAAGGUCUAUUGUUUAGGUCUCAGAAAAACCAACUACUGUGAAGGAUAUCACUUCUUUCUUCAAACCCACAAAUGCAAAAUUUCAGGCUUUAAGUAAAUAUGGUAUUGAGUAGUACCAUUUUGAACAGUAUGAGGGAAAUGGUGGGAAUGUUCAAUAUCAAGACACAUAGAAACAGGGUAGAGAGAAUCUGUAAAGGAUGUGGAUUGAGCAACAACAUAUGUUAUUCUUUCACAUCUUUUUACCUUUUUCUUUAUAUUUCUGCUUCACUGCAAUUUUGUAAAGAUAAUAUCUAUAAUGCAUGAUAAUGCUGUUUGCUGUACAUAAAGAAUUUUGGAAGAAGGAAAGUCAUUUGGUCCUUGCAUCUGGUUUUUUUGGGUACACAGACAUAACUCCCUCAGAAUAUUAAACCCUUGAUGCCUUGCCAAAAAAUCUCCAUUUUCCGAUUAGAAAUAUGUCCACUUUAAUUGAGUAAAUACUUAUGUUAGGUAUCAAAAUACUCUAUCAUAAAGGUUCAAAAUGAAAAGUAGCUGUGUGUGGAGGAUUAUAUCUAGGUCAGGGAAGAUAAUGUAUUAAUCCAUAAAUUUCCUUGUGAAGAUUUUUUAAAAUAAAUUGAUGUAUGUAAUCUCUUA